CCCAGUUCAGCCAGCGAGGCUCCUCCACCCUUUCCAGUGAGGAUCAGGAAUUUACACAACAGCAGGGUGUCUGUCUGUUGGAUCUCCAUCACCUUCAUCAGCUGUUCUGGAUCGAGCACAGCGCUCCUCCUCCUACUGCUUCAUCACCCCACGGCCAGAGGAGAGAAGAUCCUACCACCUUGCCAUGUGCAAAGCGACAUGUAUGUGUGAAUUCAUGCGGUGACAGAAGAGUAGGGAUGGAGCAGUUGUCCUCAAAUUCCUGCAAACGCACCGACGGCGGUGCGCUGGAGAAUGUCGCAUAGUGAAAAAAAUUGAUAAAUUCGAGCUUUUUUAUUUUUAACAAAAAACGGAUCAGUGAUCUGGUGUCGCCCUUCGUUCCAGCCUCAACAAUGGGAGCACACAGCUGAGGAAUGUCAUCAAAGCUCCAGAGCUGCAGGAUCUUGUGAUAGAGAGCGGCUUUCGAUCUCAAUGGCAGCACAACACAUCCCCAACCCAGAAGUGAAUCACCCGGAGCAGCCCAUCUACAGCACGAGGGCCCACGUCUUCCAGAUCGACCCCAACACCAAGAAGAACUGGCUGCCGGCCAGCAAGCACGCCGUCACCGUUUCCUACUUCUACGACAGCACGCGCAAUGUCUACCGCAUCAUCAGCCUGGACGGCACCAAGGCAAUAAUCAACAGCACCAUCAGCCCCAACAUGACGUUCACAAAGACUUCACAAAAGUUCGGUCAGUGGGCCGACAGCCGAGCAAACACCGUCUACGGACUGGGGUUCUCCACUGAACACCAUCUGUCCAAGUUUGCAGAGAAGUUUGCAGAGUACAAGGAGGCAGCACGGCUCGCCAAGGAGAAAAGUCAGGAGAAGAUGGAGAUGGCCACCUCUCCUUCUCAGGAGUCUCCGGCAGGUGAACUCUCCUCCCCUCUGACCCCUGUGACCCCACCCAUGGAAAGUAUCAAUGGUACAGAUGACAUCUGCGACACAACUCCCAACUCAGACCCUCGUCCAGAACCGACACAGAAUGCCCUGGCCUUCGCACACAGCCCGGCCAUGACAAAACACUGGGAGGCUGAGCUGGAGGCACUAAAGGGGAACAACGCCAAGCUAACAGCAGCGCUGCUGGAAUCCACAGCCAACGUCAAACAGUGGAAACAGCAACUGGCCGCCUACCAAGAGGAGGCAGAGAGACUACACAAGCGGGUGACGGAGCUUGAGUGCCAGAGUAACCAGACCCCAGUGAUCAAAUCCCAGAAGACGGAACUGAACCAGACCAUAGAAGAGCUUGAGAAUGUGCUCCGGGACAAAGAAGAGGAAAUGGAAAAGUUAAAAGAAGAACUAGAAAACAUGAAUGACCUGAUGGAGCAGAAAGAUACUCUCACUCAGAAGCUUGAGGAGACGGAGCUACGCAGCCGAGUGCUGGAGGAGCAGCUGGCAGGAGCUGAGCAGCGACUGGAGGAGACCCAGGAAGAGCAGGAGAACUUCAGGAAGAGCCUGCGGACGCUGCUGGAGCUGCUUGAUGGAAAGAUCUUCGAGCUGACAGAGCUCAGAGACACCUUGGCUCGACUCAUAGAGGAGGCCAGCUAGGAGACAGAGGUUUCUAAAAAUCACAGAGCCAUACGAUAAUUUAACCCUUACCCCACCCACAUUGCCUCUCGUCUCCACGAAACACCCCCACAUCCACAUAACCACCUAGACACUGCACUGCCCACGUUCAAAAGCUCGUACACGAAGAGCUGAUUCCACCUUUGACCAUACAGACGUCAAGUCUCUUCUGAUUGCGAGCCGUCCUGUAGUGACGAUGAUGCAGAGACUACCUCAGCUUGCUUUCUGAUGGGCUGUUGUUGGCUUAACCUUCGCUGAACUCAGUCGUGGAGAUGCCCAUCAUGGUGCACUGCAUCUUAACCCCCCCCCCACCCCCCCCCAACCCAACUGACACAAGAACUGAGUCUUGGUGCCACCUGCUGUUUGACUGGAAGAGCUGCACCAUAGAACACCUACAUACACAUUCAUUCUCUCUAAACUUCCCCUCCUGUGGGAAUGUUGGAAGUCUGGUAGAAAUAAUUGACUUAAAGGACCGAUCCAAAGCUGCCAAAUCCCUGAAUAAAAAAAAUUGUCCUCUAACAAGCAGAGGCUUGGAUCCAAAGUGACUCGCUGUAAAGAGAGCAGGAGAACCCACGUUUGAGCUUGGGCUGCCAGAAGAACGUAAGCGGGAUCCGACAAGUCCGACCUUUAGGGCCUGCAGUGGCCGUUCCACAGCUGGGAGUCACAGGGCUGCUGGGAAAUGGAGUUGAUACACUUCUUAAGCAAAAACAAAGGACUUCUGUUUAAUCACAUCUUAUUAAAAAGUCCUACAUGAAAGAUGAAUCUUCCAGAGGCGUUUUCAUGCAACACAGAAAUUUGAAAUUCUUGUAUCCAGACUGCUUCCGCCAUCACAGACAACUGACCUGUCUUCCUGCCAAACUCAGUGUGGGGUGUGUGUCCAAAAGAGGCCUACGGCUAAUACACACAUACUCUCUCUCUCUCUCUCUCUCUCUCUCUCUCUCUCUCUCUCUCUCUCUCUCUCUCUCUCUCUCUCUCUCUCUCUCACACACACACACACACACACACACACACACACUGAGCAAUAUCAGACAGGCUCUAUACGACACCAACUCUAUCAGGUACUCUACUCAGUGGACCCAUCCAGAAAGGUCAAAGCAAACCUGUUUCCAGCAGAAAGUGUUCUACUGUUGACCGCUAAACUGUGUGGCAGCCCCGUGAGGUCGGAGUAGUGCAGAAGGGCUCACAGAGUGUCAUCUCCAUGGCUGUAAAUCUCCACCUUCAAGUGAAACUGGCCACUGAUUAUCACUCUUAACAGGUGAACACUGAUCUCUAAUCAGUUUCUAUUCUUUUUGGUUUAUUUUUUAAUAUAAUAACGAUAUAAAUAUGGAACUCUUCAACUUUCUACUCACGCCGGCAAUGUAAAUGAAUGGAUGGAUGAAUCAAACACAGGGACACCUUGUAGGGACUUAUUGUUGUGCAUUUACCCUUUAGCAUCUGGCCUGAGUUGGGUAACACAAUGAGAACACACUCAAAUAAUGGCAAAUCUUAAAAUAAACUUAUAAAAUUAUUUUUAAAUACAUAGGUGAGGCCCCAUAUGGAAUAUAUGCAGGAAAUUAGUAUGGGUCCCAACAGGUUUUGUCCGCAGUUUCCAAUGUGGCCCCACAAAGAUUUUAAUAGACUCCAUCUGGCUCCCUCUAAAAACUAAUUUUUGCCCUGGUAAAAUCCAUGUGGGCAAACGCCUGUAGGGCCACCAUGGAAAUCGCAAACAAAACCUGUUAUAACCCAUAAUGUUUGUCCAGUAUAUAAGGGGGAUGAUGCACCAGAAUAAGUCUCCUUAAGGGGAACGUUACCUGUUCGGUGUCAGAUGUAACUGUGUUGAUCUGAGUGGCAGCGACUGAAUACCUUAAUAUUAUUGCUAUUGUUCAUGAAUGCCUUUGUACAGUAGUGGAUAAGAAGCUUUUCAUUCUCUUGUUUUGUAACUUAUGGUAUUUCAAUGUAGGUAUUAUUAUUAUUAUUAUUAUUGUAUUUAGAGGUAUGAGCAGACUGGCAAUAUUUUUGACUAUUUAAAGUAAUUUUGAACUCAUGACAUUAAAGAGGUACCUCAGGCUAA